AUGUCCAACGGUCGGGACGAAGGUUGUGGAGAAGCGACUCGAAAAGGAGAGAGGUUGGGGCCGAAGUUUAGGGUGAGUGUCGGCUACGAUACCGGGUAUUUGUACUCCGUAUUGGUGCAUGUUUACGCCUGUGUGUGUGAGAGACAGACGAAUGGUGAAAAACUUCCAAGUCGGAGAGAAAAAGAGGACAGCCAGUUUGACUACUCCGUAUGCAAGAGCCUGAGCGUGGGUGGUCAGGAUAUCCAAUGCCCGUCUUUCUGGGAGCAUCAGAGCUCUGUACGAUGCGAUUUUGUGUCAAAUCUGAGGGGUUCCGCCUCGCGCCGCCCAACGCACCCACCGCCCUCUUGGCCUUCCGCCGGUUCAAAAGUUAAAAACAAGAAAUAA